CUCUCCGAAGAAGAGGACCGUCUUUUGUCUGUUUGAAUUUCGGUACACUUUUGUUGCGUUGAUCGAUACUUCGUCGGUUAAGAGAUCGUUUCGUAGAUUUUGAACGCGCCACAAAAAAAAAAGGAUCAAGCCGUAAGGACGAAACGAACAAUCAAGUCGGUAUUCAAAGCAUAUAGGAAGGAUAUUGCUUUUUUCGCGUGAAAUACUCAGUGAAUGGGAUCGCAGAAGGACACGUGAAGCGAAGUGCAACCGAAAGGGAACAGAAGGAACGAUUUCAAUUCAGCAAAAAGCGAGAAAAGAUUCAAAUUUCAAAGCAAGUUUUUGUGCUCGCUGCAUUGUAGUGAAGGAAACAAGAUCAAUAAGGAAUUUGUCAAAUCGAACAACUUUGUGGGAGUUUCGGAAGGACGAAUACAUGUGUGGAACCAGAAAAAGGAAACAGGAAAAUAGCAUCCAAAGCAAGGUAGCGAAAGACGAAGUGUGACAAAACUCACGGAUUGUGGUGACAAGCUGUUGGGUCGACAAGCAGCUUAGCGCGCGAAGAAAUGCAGUGCAAGGAGCAAGUGUGAAAGUGUUCUAAAUCUGCGUAUUUACAACAAAUGGGCAUUAUAUCCCGCAACAUCCGAUUACGUUGCAACUCGGUAGAAUAACCCGUGAUACUCUAUAUAGGUAUAGUGAUACCACGACAGCAGUUCAACUGAGACCAAAUCCUUGGAAACAGGUCAAAGCAAUUGGCGGCACUAAUUGAAUGCACUUUUACUGAUCGCCUGUGCUUUCGUUUCGCUCUGGCUGUGGGAAUUGCCCUUUGUGAGGUUUCAGUGCAAGCUUUUGUGUACAGUUAAUUGUCGCUAAGUUCUUGUGAUUGAUGAUGGAUUGAACCGCCAACAAUAAUGAUGACAAGCUGUCGGGUGAAGGACGGAAGGAAUGGAAAACAGUGAUUCUUAGUGUUGCACGCUAAAGACAACGAUUGGACGAUUUGUUGUAUUCAUGUUGAAGCUGAGUGUGGAUAGCUGGGAUAAUUGCAAGUUGACGGGUAAACGAUCACGCACUGAAGGACCUGAAACUGCAGAGAGAAGUCGAACCUACAACUCUACGUCAGUAUCCAGUCUUAGUUCAGGUGGUUCGACGGACAGCUGCUUGCCACCGAGUAGCUCAACGCUGCAUUAUCCAACGGCUUCUCAUUCAGCUGGUUCAUAUUCUCUGUUGAACAACAACUACCGCCCUCUGAGUGGGUCAUCCAACAUACAUAGUGCACAUAACGGAUUAAGUUUAUCUUACGGCGCAAGUCAUCAUAGUUCAACAUCUGGUGGUACUGUAGUGUCCCGCCUGAACGGAGGAGCUUCAUCAACGAUCACCUCUGGGGGUAGUAGUAGUGCAGGCACUGCAGGAAACUCCCUGGAUGGACUUCCUACGUCCAACGCUCUCAGUAACAGUAGUGUGGGCCUGAACUCUACAGGUCACGGGACAUCAGCAACCGCACUGGCUUCGUCCGAGCUGGGAAUGUCGCAUUGGCUGACCGACGGGACAGUCAAAUCGGAAAUCCGUAGCCCAGGACUUGACGCAGCCAUCUCAGGGGGAAACCUCGCGGUUGGUUCUGCCCAUCUCGAUAGCUCACUAUUCUGUGCCAACCCUAACAACCUCGACGCGCUGCAGAGUAGCACCAACUCGUAUGAUAAGUCCGAGUACUAUCCGUACGCCUACAACAUGCAGCAAUACGCACCGUUUACGUAUUCAUCCUAUGGAUCGCCGUACCAAACGAGGACAUCCUCGAAAAUCCCCUCACCAAAUACAUAUCUUCCAUCAAGCUACGCGGCGGCCGCAGCUAACAACAACUCAGCACAAAUCUACUCCUCUUACGGUUACAACAAUUUCGCACAGUUCGGCACUAGUCAGCAGGACUACUACAACUACAACGAUCCAACGUACUCGCCGUACUACCAGACCGCCACCUACCCACCGUACGUUAGUUCCCCCGGUUCCAGUGGGAGCCAAAGCUUCCACGUGGCAGCGGGUCUAUCUGCGGAAAGUCCCUCGGAGGGACAUUCCGCCGCAACACCAACCAUGUUGGCCCACUCGCAUUCUCCACAAUCGCCCCUCUCCAUCUCACCAACCAUCCAAGCCGGCUCGGCAGCUGCUGUGGCAGCGGCUGCAGCAGCGGCAGCCGCCAAAUCAACUCCCUCAGGAAAACCAGGACGAGCACGGGGGCGACGGCACGCACAUCCCAGCCCGACGAGAAGUUCCACGUCGGAGCCUGGAGUGACGGAGAAGGCACCCGAGCGGAUCUUCGUUUGGGACCUGGACGAGACCAUCAUCAUUUUCCACUCGCUACUGACGGGGACCCACGCAGCCAAGUACAACAAGAGCCGGGACCACCACGUCCAACUGGGCUACCGAAUGGAGGAGCUCAUCUUCAACAUGGCGGAUGCGUUCUUCUUCUUCAACGAUCUGGAGGAGUGCGAUCAGGUUCACAUCGACGACGUGUCCUCCGACGACAACGGCCAGGAUCUGAGCAAUUACAAUUUCUCCGCCGAUGGGUUCCACCCCGGAACAGCACAAGGAGCUCCACCUAAUAUUUGCCUUCCUAAUGGCGUUCGCGGGGGCGUUGACUGGAUGCGAAAGCUGGCAUUUCGCUAUCGGAAAAUUAAGGACACCUACAACACCUACCGAAAUAACGUUGGUGGUCUUCUGGGGCCCCAGAAAAGGGAGCACUGGCUGCAAGUGCGGUCCGACAUCGACUUCGAAACCGACAAUUGGCACAGUUUAACACUGAAGUGUUUGAACAUGAUUGCCCAGCGGGAAAACUGCGUUAACGUGUUGGUGACGACAACGCAACUGGUUCCAGCACUGGCCAAAGUGCUGCUCUACGGACUGGGGCAGAUAUUCCCCAUAGAAAAUAUUUAUAGUGCAAAUAAAAUAGGUAAGGAAUCCUGCUUCGAGCGAAUCGUGACCAGAUUUGGCCGAAAGAGCACGUACGUGGUCGUCGGCGAUGGCCAGGACGAGGAAAGCGCUGCCAAAAAUCUAAAUUUCCCCUUCUGGCGGAUAUCUAGCCAUAGCGAUAUCCGGUCACUGCAUACCGCGCUGGAGAUGAAUUUCUUAUGAAGAUGCUCACCGACGAACGUUUCUUCGGCAGUGAUUGCGGCGGCAGUGGCAACAACGUAUUGUUUCAUAAUCGCUGUGAAUGCAAAUUUAAGAUUCUAGUGAAAUUAGGCAUUUUCAAGAAAUGUGUAAAAGACAGAGUCAGUUUAGGAACAUACAAUGAAUAGCAUUUUUAAGUAAGCCACGUGUAUAUUGAAAUCCCCUAUAUACCAAUAGAGAAAACUUUGUAAAAAAUCUCCUGCAUCUUACCUACCACAAAGUUGAAAUACAUAUAAAAUCAUAAAAAAUCAGCAUCAGUAUUCAAAAAGUAAACUUCUCAUAAAUUCUUACCCACCCAUUGAACCUGAGAGAUCGCGUCAUGUUGCUCAAUCAGUUCUCAAAUGUAUGAACAUGUAAACCUCCGCACUGAAAUAUUUUUUUCGUUCUAAUUCCCAGUGUAACAAACGUCCUAACAAACAAAAGAAUCGAAUUCAAACAUAAUGAAUUGAUCCAAAAUGAAUGCGUAGCUUUGAAUUCGCAUCAAAUUGAUUUGUACUUUAUACUGCAUAGCGAAAUUGUAAGUAACAAUCUAACAAGUACUAAUUGUUGGAGAGCAUUUGGAAGGCGAAAUGCUCACCCUUGUCGGCGCAAACUGUUGCAUCUAUCAAACAUCUGUGUUAAAAUAUUAGGAUUCGUGCGAAGAAAAUUAAAAAGAAAAGUAUCAUACUGUAAGCGAAUGUGUUGAACUUGUGAGAUGAAUGAGACGUCCAUUUGUACAUAGAAUCACUUUAAAAUGAAUCAAAACACAAACAUUAUCUUUUACUAUGAAAUUUCUAAAUAAAUUGCACCUAUGUAAAGCGAGCAAAAAAACGUGUAUUUAUAAGCUCUACCCUAAAUAUAUCAAUAUAUGAAUCCAAAUGUAACAUU